ACUCAAGUUAAAAAUAAAAUUUUCUGCUUGUUUCUCGUAGAUUAGCUUAGUAAAUUGAUGUGUAAUCAAAAAUAUAAAUUAAAACACUUCAUUUAGCUCAUAAAAUGACAGAGAAAGAGGUUACAAUUGAGGAACUGGACGAUACAGUAAAACAAACAAAUGAACAACUUGAUCUGAUGGAAUGGAAACUUGAUGGAGGAGGGAUGGAGAUAGUGACUCCCAUCAACAACCAGGAUGUUUGUAUUGUCAAUUUACUGAAAUCUGUUUCUGAGGUUCGGUCCGACUACCAACAGCUUCGCCGUGAGUUAAUUGAAGUGCAGGCGCUUCAAAGGGAGCUAUCUACGCGUCUGCGCACACAAUUGCGACUAGUACAUGGGAAAUUCGCACGACUGCGUCAAAGAAUCGCAGCCGCGUCGCCACCUCGUUAGUCGCACGCUUACCUAACCUUACUGCCAUAACUAGUCGUUUUUUUGGAUAUCUUUUAGAUGACUGUCACAAAAUAAAUAGAUAUAAUUGUACGCAUACAAAGUUUCUGAUUUGAGUCUAUUUAUUUUGUGACAUAAAUAACCCACGAAUAUGUCUUGUAGUACAUUAGGGUCUCAGUAAACAUGUGAUUUAUGACACUCGUUUCUAAGCACCAAAAAUAGCUGUCAAUUAAACCUUUUUCUUCCAGGUAUAGAUUACCUUUAGUGCCAAUGUAUUUUAUUCUAAAUCAGUAGAUCAUACAAUUAAGUACGGAAAAGGAAAGGAUUGAUCAGCUAUGUGUUAAGUUAAAAUGUGUAAGCUAAAUUUCUGUUCCUAUCUAUUUGUUAAACACAUUGUAAGUCUCGGUUACAAUGUAUAGCAAAAUCUAUGUAAAAAGAAUGGCUACACUUUGGCACCUACGUUUAAGACCGGUGCUAUAUUGCUAGGAUGAAGAUGUACUCUGAUAUAUCUGUAUAAAUAUUUUUGUUUAGAGGCUAAAAGUUAGAUUGUGGAAAGCCUAUAAAUCAACACAUCGAAUGUAAAGGGGCGAAUAAAUUUGGAUCGAAUUUAAAAAUGCUGUACUUAGAGUACGCAGUAGCGCUACGUAGCCUUCAGUAGGUACCUUUAGGUUCGAUACUGAUGAGCGAGUCGAAUUUCGAACAAAACUAGGGUCCUAGAACGCAGAGCGUGAAAUUAAUUUAUUGUUAUGAAAUGAGUAAAAGGCGUUAUCGAUUACCAAAUUACAUUACGCUUUUACCAAAGACGAUAAUGAUAGACAUUUUGGGGAUGCGACGAGUCGAUCGUCCGUACCGAGCCUUAAAUAUAAAAACUAGUAAACUAAGUUUUAGAACAAAUUUACAUUAGAUUUUCUCUUAGGUAUUAAAUGUUGCAUUUAUUUUUUCGUAAUUUACACUUAAAUCGCACGGUCACUACAUAAUUAAAUUAGAAUAUACAGCACAUACAUAUCGUAUAACUUGCAUGCUGUAUUUAAUGCACUGAAGGCGGGCGGGCUUAACUUUUAUUGGCGUAUUAUUUCAGCCAAAUUAAGUCAUACAUACAUAUUUAUUAGUUGAAUAUACUAUUUAUUAGAUAUGAAUUCUCAUUUGCAUUGGAAUAAUUAAAAGUUGUUUGUUUUUUUUUUUAAUCUACUUGUAAAUUUACACGACCGCCUGCCUAAAAAAUCUCUCUAGUUGUAAGUAAUACAUGUCUGAAACUAUGUAUAAGUCUAAAUUAUUGUAAACUUUCUGCACAAAACCAUUUAUCUGACAAGGGCUUCUUUUUGUUUUAUUUGGAUUUUUUUAUUUUUGAAUUUUGUUUUCAAUUGUGACGGCAUAAGGUCAUGUGAACUGAAGCUCGCUUUGUCGUCACAAUACGGAUUGACGUAAUGAAAAUCAAUACAAAAUAGGUUAACUAUAAAAUUGUUUAUUUACUGCAGCUUCAAUUUAUGUUGUGACGAAUUACAGGCGCUGGCUAAAUUUGAAUUCGAGAUGAAAUAAUAUUACAUGUUUUUAUUACUUGGCGCUGAAUAUAACUGUCUAAUAGCCCUAUAGUGAACUCAGUAUGUUGUAAUCUUAAUAAUUUUUUUUGCCAUAUAUUUUUCAUAUCAUAAUAUAUACACAAUGUAGUGGAGACAUCAUUUAAUAGCAUAGUAAAAUAACCAACAACUCGAAUCGCAUUGAUAAGAGUAUUUGUAUCGAUUUAUCUUUGCUAUCAUUUCUAUUGUUAAAUUUAUUUUAAAUUUUUUGAAAAUGUGUAUUAUUCCUAUUUAUAGUUUCAUUUGUAAACUAUUGUGUCGAAGACACCAUUAUUGAAAUAAAGUUGUGGUUUUCAAAGCUA